AUGAGGGGCCCUCCAGGACGCAACAUGCCCGCCCUAGCCAUCAGGCCCCUGAGAAGAAAUGAGUCGCGUCAUUACGUGUCGAUGGCGUAUAAUACCACGUUGCAAAAGUUGGGCGAAAAUUGUCAUUUUUGUUCAUUUUUCAUUAAAUCCUGGAAUUCGCAAUCUUUUCAAUAAUUUAUUUAAUUUUUCAGUGGAUAUGAUGUCCAGUUGAAUUUUUUUAUGUGAAGUACGGUUAUAUUUGUUUUUUUCUUUAAGCGAAAUGUUCCAGAUUUAUGGUUACGAACCCGCUGACUAGUGAGAGAAUAAAUUUCCGUCGCCACCAAAUUGGAAAUUCAAAAAACCUUGUUUUAAAGGUUCGAAAACAACGAUUUUACAAGAUUUUAGAAGAUUCCGUUUUUUGCGCGUUCUUUUUCUUCCAAUGGCGUUUUUUUGCCAUCGCGGUUUUGGCCCCGGGCGCCCUGGGCAGCGACUUAUCAAGGAAUGGCCAUGGCGGCCUACGUCGUUUUUGAAAUGUAAACGUUUGAAAACGCUUAGGGGCGCCAUUUCUCCACCUUUGGUAGAAAUGGUUCUCAAGGACCUCUAAGGCUGUCACUAUAGGGACCACUCUGGAAUUCCUAAGCAGGUUAAUCGUUUCAAAAUCUUCAUCUGGAGUGGUUUGACUCAUUUUCAAGAAAGUGCUUAUGCUCCCAAAAAUGGCUAAUUUAUAUAGAAUUCAAAGGUUUUUAUUGAAUUUUAAGAUUUUCUACACACAUAAAAAUUAGGUAUCAAAGUUAUCUAUUUCCACUGUUUUUGGUAGUUUUUUUUUUUUGGACUCUGGAUGUCCCUUUUCGGAAAAAUAGAUAAUUUAGUAGACUGAGACUUUUAAGGUUUUUCAUCAUAGGACCAGUUUCCAAGAAUAAUAUUAAAAAAAGAUGAAGCCACUUUUUUUAUCUUGAAGCACUAGGCUUACCCCGGGGUGGGAUCCAGCCGACGUAUCAAUCAAUCAUUUAUUUGUUUCUGAACGAUUUACUUAGGGUCUUUGAGGCCGCUUAUAAGGGGAUAAAACACAAAAAAUAAAAAGUUAAGUAAACACAGGUGCGUUUAAAGGAAUUUUAAAAAAAGCAAUAAAAAAUAUUAAGCAAUGAUUACUUUUCUAAAGACCCUGGCAGAUCAUGAAUGGUCAAAACAGGAGCUAAGAAUACAGUUUCAUAAGAAAAGGCGAAAGACUUGCUAUCAAUACUUCUAAAUUUGGGGUGAAGAUAAAAUCGUGCCUACGGAGAUUCCGAAGAUCGGAAUUGGCAUUGAUAUUUGAAGAAGUUGUAGAUGAAUAAAUAUAACAUAAGUCAGUUACAUGGGGGUCUAAAUUUUCGACAAUUUACUUCUUUUUCAGGCGGAGGCUUUUCAUCCCGUGGGCGCGGUGGAAUGCGCACCAACUAUAACAAUAGAGGCGGCAUGUCCAGGAGUUUUGGUACGUUUUUAGAUAAAAAUGGUUGAAUAGCGAUAUUUUAGGAGCGAAUCCACCCCGCGCGGCGACUAAAUCCACCUACGGUGGUUACUCAACCUCCCAAAGCGGUAAGGAAAGGGAAAAAAAAUGAAGAGAAGCUGAAAAUUUUGGGGGGAAGCUCCUUAAGAAUCAGUGGGAAGAAAAAAAAAUGAGAUAGAUUUUUGAAAAUAGAGAUGGCAAACGGUUUCUUUUUUACUGCCUUUUUCCGUCCUUUCAUCGGCCUCUAUCCGCCCUUUUGGACCCCUUUGAAAAAUACAAUUUUUUUUAAAAAUUAAGAAUAAUCUUUACAAGUGACUGUGUAUGAACCAGAAAAAUCUGGAGUAAUAAAAUCGGGAAUAAUCAAUGUUCGAGCUUCUCAGCACCCUUUUUGCACCCUUUUUGCACCCUUUUUGCAUCCUUUUUUGAUGCUUUUUAGCUCACCAAGAAAGGCUCAAUAAAGGCCGCAAAACGGAACCCUUUUUGCGGUCAUUUUGCACCCAUUUUCUGCACUUCCGACUUUGGCAGCGCUCUAUACAGUACCGCCCAAAAAGAUUGUGAACUUUAAUUUUUUAUGGGGGGCGGGGGGCUAACUUUUCCCUAAGUAGAGAUAUCAAUCUGAAUAUUUUUUUGCAAUGCGUUUUGUGAGAUUAAAAAUACACACCCGCAAAGUUUCACAAAAAAAUAAGCAAGAAAAAAAUUUUUGUGUCAUUUUUUUCGAACUUUUUGUGAAAUACGAAUUUUUCCGGAUACUAAGUUCAAUCCACAAUUUUUUUGUAAAUAAUAACAUUUACUGAAGAAGUCAAUGUGUAUAUAAGUUAUCCUAGUCUAAUACUUGGUCGCGAAACCCCGAGAACUAAUCACAGCUUGGCAUCGACGAGGCAUAGAGUCCAUCAAAGUAUCGAUAGCCGACAUCGGUAUUUUUUUCCACCCUCCACUCGAAACUACCGUACACUCACUUAUUAAAUAGUGUGUCAAAUCUCCAGAAAAAGUUUCAUGAAGAUCAGCGCGCUAGGCCUGAAAAGCCAAAAGUUCACAACUUUUUGGGCGGUACUGUAGUUAUGACGUCAUGUCUGAAAUGAACAGUAGACCGUUUUUCUCUGCACCCUCCUCGUCUCUCAGAAACCCUCUCAUGUUCACAUGAUAUUUCCGUUUUCUCUGACUUUUCCGGCGAGGGAACAGAGAGACGCAGACACUAGGAAAAUGUCAAGUCGCGGUGAAGGUACUAUAAAAAAUUUCGCAAGAAAAAAAGAGAUCAAUUUUUGAAAAUAGAGAUAAUAUAGUUAUGACGUCAUGGUUUUAAUAAAUAGUAGCACGUUUUUCUCUGCGCCUCUCUCAUGUUCACAUGCUAUUUCUCAUGUGUCUCUGACCUCGCCGGUGAGGGAACAGAGAGACGCAGACACUUGGAAAAUGUCAAGUUGCGGUGAACGGACUAUAGAAACAUAGGAAAAAGUUUCAAAUAUUUUUCAAGCCAGACCUUUUUUGAAUAGUUCCGAGACCUUUGCAGGUUUCAACGCAAACCAAACGGUGGGAGGAAGCUCUCGUUAUGAUGAUUACGACGCGCCGCGUAGGGAUGACAACUACGACCGGAAUCGUCGGAACGUCUCCUACCAACAGCCGUCCCCGAACGAAAACUUGCGGGGCGGCUACAAUGACGACCAGUAUCGUCAUCAGAGGGCCGGAAGCGGCGAGAGCGACCGGAGUGGUCAAAGUGGCCGGGGCUAUGGCGGCGAGCGGUGAGGAUUCGAUAGGGACAAAAGAAAUCUGUACUUGGGAACUCCACAGUGGUUCCUAUAGGCGCUCAUUUCAUUUUGCCUUCUCCCCUAGGGGCUACUCGAGCUCAAAAAAGUGGCCACUAGAGUGGACAAACCGGUCGAAUGAGAAGAAGCACUUCCCAUACGAAAAACUUGAUGAAUCAAUUAUUUGGAUAAAAAUUAUCGAAAAUUGUUGAACUUUCGACUUUUUAAUUGGAUACAAAUUUGCUCAAACACUCUCUGAAGGUCUAGAUGAAGAUCCCUCAUAGUCGUUUCCACCGCAAACAUCUAGUUUUUAAGAUAUGAUUUAUGAAAGUUUGAAAGAAAUGUAAUUUAGGCCUGAAUUUUCGACCUUCGGAUUCAAUUAUCCUAAAAAAUAUAAGCUGGAAACUUUGAUGAAGUUUCUUAUAAACCUUCUUUGUUUGAGCAAGUUUGUAGAAAAUUCCAAGUAAAAAAAACGACCUCCUCGUGGGGUCUAAUUCUUUGAUAAAAGCGAAAUUCGAAAAAAAAAGAUUGAAAAUUUUCAUCUUGACAUUGAGAAAGUUUUUGGGAAGCUUUGUAAGAAAUUCCAAGUCGAAAACUAAAAAUACUUUCCCUGUCAGAGACCCUUGAAAAGGAAAUUCGUUUUUCCUAGGUUUUAAUGAAAUUGGUUUUUCCUAGGUAAAAUGUAGAUUCAAAAAGUAACCUUUUCGGCUAUGAGAAUUUAAAAAAAUGAAUCCAUCUUCUAAGUAUAGCCCGUUCACGGCUGGCUUGGGACAUAAAACGGGCGGUUUGAUUUUCGCGGCGAAGGUUGAUUAUGGCGACUAUUCAUGCGCCUUCGCCGAUGAAAGAAAAUCUAAAAACCAAUGAAAUGAAUGCAAACAUAAAAUAAACUUAAUAGAAACAGAAAUAAUUCACCAAAAAAGGCUCUUAUUAAUGGCACAUGUAUGGCGGCCAUGAUCUACCAUCGCCGCGCAAAUAAAACCGCCCGUUCGCCACGCCUUUUUGCGUCCCAAGCUAACCCUGAUUCGGAUUUACCAUUGAAAUUGUAAACCCCCAUUGUUUGGCCUAUCCCUCGGCGCAAGCCGCUGCGAGUCGGGCGCGGCCAAACAUGGGGUCAGCCUCCCUCUUCCUUCCAAUUAACUCUGGUUCCUUUGCAUUUGACCGAGAAAAUCUUUCGCCUUUUACUAAAGAUUUCCGUGCAAAGGGGCAACUUUAUGAGUAUUGCCCAAUUUUUGGAAACCCCUCGAAAGAGCGGGUUAAAAUACCAAAUGCGUGACGAUUUUCGAAAUUGCGAAAUAACAAAAAGUGGGCUGUGCAAUCAAAGUAUUGAUUAACCAGAGAUCAUGAAUUUACGCAAUUUCAUUGGAUUAACUAGGGAACUACUCGGAUUCGGGUACCCGUUUCGAGUUGAAACUUUGGUGGCUUAUAACUCGGGCAAGAGUACUUGGAAACAAGAGAGAUUAUCUGCUAAACCCCAUAGGCUUCUGAGAAAAAGCUUUUUGAAAAUGAACAGUUUAGGCUUGAAAAUGAUCAAUUGUUUGCUUUCCUCCUUCUUUUGACUGGAAAAAAGUUUUUUAGAGUUUAUCAUAGCCGGAUCAUUCAAGGCGCUUGUAUUAAAAUAUAAAAAGAAGGUAAAAAAAUAGUGUUCUGAAAAUUUUCAGGCCUAGUAUUCACAUUUCCUACUAAUUUUUUCUCUAUUGGGUUUAGCAAAUAUUCUUUCUGGUUUUCAAGUAUUCUGCUUCGGGUCUAUAAACCACUGAAUUUUGAACUCGAAACCCGUAUCCUAGUCCGAGUAGUUUCCUAGUCAGGCUAUUAUCAGGAUUGGAAAUUGGCAUGUUAGAUAGUCGGUUCGGUCACUUUUUUAUAACGACUAUUUUUUCAAAAUUUAAAAAUUUGAAAAGUUUUUUGCGCUAUAUUAAGGUGUUAGCGGUUUUAAAGUAUCUUUUUUGCUUCAUUAUAUGACGAGUUUCGAAGUCAGUUUUUCGAAAAUUCUGAUCAUUAUGUUCACGAAAAUUCAUCUUUUUUUAAAAUUUUUCCAUUUUCGUCAAAAAAAAAGUGCUAUGAAAUCUGAAAGAACACUAUUUUGCACUUGAAACAGUUUGAUUUCGUGACAAAUUUAAUGGUUGACAUGAAAUUUAAUGAAAAAAAAAUCCCAAAAUUUCCUAUUUUGAGCGCCAAUAUUCGGUUUUCGAAACUUAAAACCUAACCAAAAAGCGAGUUUUAUGCAUUUCGAACUGCUAAAAAAAUUUUAAUAUUGAAAAAAACUUAAAAAUUUUCAAAAAAAUGGCCAUAUUGAAAAAAAGUGAUCGACUUUUCCAGCAUUUCCUGGAGACUGAAAUUUUUUUUUUGAAGAUAAUUCCGAAAAGAAAAAUCAACAAGUCUAGAAAAAACUGAGAUUUAACAAAAAAACCUGUUUUAUCAAUAUUUUUUUCGUCAAGCAGAACUUUUGAUUCCUAAUUAUCUGAAAACUUGAUAAGUUUGCGAUUCAAAAUAGAAAAUAGACAGCUGCAAACAUUUUUUCGGCUCUAUAACAAAGUUUAAGUUUCAACUUUUUGCAGGGACGGGUAUUACGCUAGAAAUGAAAAGGACUCUUUUUCGAGAAGCAACUUGGAAUCGGAGUAUCCAAAAUGGAGCACCGGCUCUCCGAAUGGAGGGACCCUGAAGGUCGACACGCGGAACAGUGUCCCGCCGCCGCCCGGUCUCGGCCCUCGACUCAACCAGGACACACUCGUCCCGCCGCCGCCAGGUCUCGGAAGAACGUCCCACGCGGCUCCCGCCGUCCCGCCUGGCCUCUCCAGGGCCUCACCGCCGGUGAGAAUUGGAUCUUGUAGAGGGCUUGGCCCGUUUUUCGCGAUAUUUGGAAGGCUAGGACUUCUCUGCGCCCUCUUAUCUUUACGUGAAACUUUUUUUCGCUUCUCUAACUUAGUCGAUGAGGGAGCAGAGAGACGCAGACACUUAAAAAGUGUCAAGUCACGGUGAACGGACUAUAUGAUGAAAAUUUCGAAUUGACCGUGUAAAUUGUAAAUUUUCACUUUCUGUGAUUUAUUUUUCGAGAAUUGACUCUUGUAGAGAUUUUCGUCCGCUUUUCGCGAUUUGGAAGUCUGGGGCUUCUCUGCGCUCUCCUCGUCUCUUAGAGACCCUCUUAUCUUUACAUGCUAUUUUUUUAAAUUUUCUCUAACCUCUCCGGCGAGGGAACAGAGAGACGCAGACACUUAAAAAGUGUCAAGUCGCGGUGAACGGACUAUAUGAUGAAAAUUUUGAAUCGACCGUGUAAAUUGCAAAUUUUCAUUUUUUUUUUUUCGUUUUCUCAUUUUCUUAUCUUCAUCCAACUUCAAGUACUGGCUUUCAUUUCUGCGCUCAAAUCAAAAUUCGAAUUUUUCGAUUUUUCGUCUUCCUCAACCUUUAAAACCUGAAUUUUGUACCCUGAAUCCGUUUUUUGUAGCAUCAAAAUUUUUUAGCGAUGAUAUUAUCGUAUUAAUUUAUUAUUUAGAAGCUCAUAAAGACGAAAUUUUUUUUUCAAGUUUUUAUGAUUUCUGGAUGACAUGACCUUUUCUUGUUUCCACAAGCCUAUUUCUUAUUUUUAAGCGUAAAAUCAAGUCAAAUUAAAAAAAAUUUUUCUGGAGCUUACUAAGAUUUCCACUGUGAACUGACUAGGGAACUACUCGGACUCGGGUACGCGUUUCGAGUUGAAACUUUGGUGGCUUAUAGACCCGGGUAAGAGUACUCGGAAACAAGAGAGAUUAUCUGCUAAACCCCAUAGGCUUCUGAGAAAAAGCUUUUUGAAAAUGAAGGGCUUGAAAAUUAUCAAAUUUCUGUUUUCCUCCUUCUUUUGGCUGAAAAAAAGUUUUUUAGAGUUUAUCAUAGCCGGAUCAUUCAAGGCGAUUGUAUUAAAAUAUAAAAAAAGGUAAAAAGCAGUGCUCUGAAAAUUUUCUAAUUUCCACAUUUUCUGCUUAUUUUUUCUCAGUUCUCUAUCGGGUUUAGCAGAUAUUCUCUCAUUUUUUCAGGUAUACGGACUUAGGUCUACAAACCACUAAAUUUUCAACUCGAAACGGGUACCCGAGUCCGAGUAUAGCUGAUUCACGGCUGGCUUGAGCCAUCGAGAAAAGGGUCCUGCCACGAAAAGAGACGAGACAGUGCCCUGGUUGGUGGAGAGUGCAGACAGGCCGCGCCUUUUUGCGUCCCAAGCUAGCCGUGAAUCGUCUAUAGUUCCCUAGUGAGAUUCUUCCCUUGUUAGCAAAUAUCUUUUGUUUAGACAGUAUUCGAAUUUUAAAUGAUGAUCAGAAAUUUCAGGCCGCCUACUCGCGGGCGUCCCCGAACUACGGUGACAUCCAGGAAGAUAGAAACGCAUUUGGCCAGAGUUCGAAGGUGAGUUCCAAGUUUUGAGAAGGAAAAGAAGGAGAAAAGAGUUGAAAUUUCUUUGACUAACUCAUAAAUACUAUUUUCGAAGUUUUGAAGCUUACGAGAGAGUUGGAAAAAAAAGCAUAUUUUUGAGAAUCUGGCUAAAAUUUUUUGUCUUCUAAAGCCUCUAAUUCAAGAGCAGGAAGAAAUUCAUGCAUUUUUUUCCCACGUUUUGAAGAUUUGAAAUUUUGAAAGAACGCUUUUUUUUUAAAUUUGGUUUUUGCGGACUUUAAACAGUUAUCAUUUGUAAAAAAAUAUUUGUUUUAGGAAAUAUAUUUUUUUUCUGAAUCUCGAGAAAAAUUUUUAAUCAAUGGGUGGACUGAAAAAAAUUUCCUUGAGAUUUUUUUAGCCGAGAAAAAAAGUGGUUUUUAAGAUUUUUGAGUAGACGAAUUAUCAGAAAAAGUUUAUUUUUUUGUUUUUUUAGGAUCAUUCAGAUAAAAAUUUCAACAAUUUUUUUGGCAAAAACUCAUUUUUUUCGUGAUGAUCUCGUUCAUAAAAAAACUGGGAAGAACAAAAAAAUUUUUAAAAGGUUUUUUUGAAAACAACCGCCAUUUGGUGUACCUGUUCGGCAAAUAUUUUUUUGAAAAAUUUUUUUCCUGCUUGACAAAUUUCGGAAACAAAAUUUAAAUUUCAAAUGAUUUUCUAAAAAUUCCAGACCAGCACUUGGGGCGCUCCUUCAAGCUACGCUGGCUCGAAUGAAGACAGAUCUCAAGUUGGUCAAAGUUCCAGGGUAAGUUUUCAGUUCCGAGAAGAAGAAAAGAAAGAAAAAAUAGGUGAUCUACGUUCAAAAUUUUUCUUUACUGACUGAAAAUUAACAUAUUCAUUCAAUUUGGACCUUUUUCUGAGCUGUGAAGUUUUAAAAUACUCGAACAAUGCUUUUUUCGUCAUGAUUGGUAUAUUUUUCGGACUUCUGUAGGUCAAAAAUCGAAAAAAAUUAAAUUUUAUUUCAGUGAAUAUUCCAUUUUUUUUUAGAUUCAAGGGAAACUUUAGGCAAUUUUGAUCAGUAGGUCAACCGUGAGCUUGAAAUACUUUCACCUUCGAUUUUUAAUUUUUCUAAAUUUGUUCUCUAUUAGAUUAUUGAAGAAAAAAAGAUUUUUAUGGCAUUUUUUUAGGUUAUAACUUGGUUAAAAAAAUAAAAAAAUGUUAAUUUUUUUCGUUUGUAUAUUGGAUCAGGUUCAUCUAGAGAAAAAGUCAGCGAAGUUUUAUUAGAAAAAUUCGUUUUUUUAACUAUCUUGUUCAAAGGAGCGUAGAAGAAAUCAACGGGAAACUUGGCGAAAUUUCGAAAAAUUGUUCGGAUUUCAAAGAAUUUUCUAAAGUUUCAGCCAACCUGGGGCGCUCCCUCGAGCUACGCUGGCUCGAAUGAAGACAGAAAUCAAGUUUCUACAAGUUCGAAGGUAAGUUUUCAGUUUUGACAGGGAGCAGAAUGAUCGAAAUUUCAUUGGCUGACUAUAAAAGGUGUCUUUUUAAAGUUUUUUUUAGUAAAUAUUUCUCGCGGUUGAACUUUUGAUGAAACUUUGCUGGAGUGUACUUUAGGACCCCUUGAUCGCGACAGAUCUCGUUUUUGAGUAAAGACGCUUCAAAAGCUUGAAAUCGCGCCUUUUUGGCCAAAUUUGCGUAUUUUGCGGACUUUGCAGGUUCAUAGCCUUGAAAACGAAAUCUGUUGCGAGGAUUUUUUUUUUCUUGUUCUGGGAUGAAGAGGUUCUAAGGGGGGGCUAAUUUCGAUAUUUCGGACCUUGGUAACGCGAACAAGACGCGAAUCGGACGUGUCGGGGCAUUUCUAGUGACUACUUUAGUAGCUUCAGAACCCUUAAGUGAUCCCUAAACUUGCCCAGAAACGUCCGGAGCACGUUCGUUUCGCGUUACUAAUGUCCGAGAUCUUUUAGGUUUUUGAAGAAAAAAUAUGCGUUUUGAGGCCUUUGAAACGUUUGUUUUCAUUAAAAAUCAGAAAAAAUUCAGUUAUUGCUUGUUUAUAUGAUCAGGGUGUGCCAGAGAAGAUUCUAGAAUUUUUUUGAUUUUUUUCAAUGACCAUCUAGAGACAAUUUCAGUAAUUUUUUUCGUCAAAAAAAUUCUUUUUCAUCUUGUUAAUGGAAGAGUAGAUAAAAAUAGGAAAGAAUAAUAAUUUUCUUCUGAAAAAAAUGUUCAUUUUGGCAUAUUUUUUUCAGGAAUCUCUGAGACGCCGCUUCGGCGUCUCACUGCAGAAGUCAACCGAGGAUAAAAAUGAUGAUGCUCCGCUUAUUCGGAGCGAAUCUCCGCCACGUCCGGUUCAGUUUUUAUAAUAUUUUUUGAAUUGGGCAUAGAAAAAUGAACAAGAAAAAGGUUUUUUCAGUUGUAAAAUUGGGUUUUAAGCUUGGAUUUUCUCACGAAAAUGGGGAAUUUGGAGAGCUUAGCUUUAAUUUAACAGAAGUUAGGAGAAUGGAUUUUUUUACUGACCCUUGGCUCGAUUGUUAGAACCUCUAAUGGAUACAGAAUAUUAGAAUAAAUUGGGAAAAAUGGAAAAAAAUUAUUUUAUCUUUAUGUUCGUUAUUUUAUCGUUUUUUUGAACUAAAAAAAUACAAAAAAAUCAACAAGAAAUAGAUUGAUUGAGUCAAAAAAACUGGGUUUUUAGCUUCAAACCUUGCACAAAAAUCGAAAAAUUUAUCAGGGUUCAGAUCUAAAUUAACAGUCAAAUAAGAAAAUGAAUUUUUUUUUGACCCUUGGCUCGAUUUUUAGAACCUCUAAUAAAUACAGAAUAUCCGAGUAAUUUGGGAAAAAUGGAAAAAUUUUUAUUUUAUCUUUAUGUUCGUUAUUUUAUCGUUUUUUUGAACUAAAAGUACAAAAAAAUCAACAAGAAAUAGGUUGAUUUAGUCGUUAAAUUGGGUUUUGAGCUUGAUAUUUUGUACAAAAUUGGAAAUUUAUCAGGGUUCAGCUAUUAAUUAACAGUCAAGUUGAUAGAAUUUAUUUUUUUGACUUUUUGGCUCGAUUUUUUUAGAAUCUCUAAUGAAUACAGAAUAUUAGAAUAAAUUGGGAAAAUGGAAAAAUUUAUUUUAUCUUUAUGUUCGUUAUUUUAUCGUUUUUUGAACUAGAAAUACAAAAAUCAACAAGAAAUAGGUUGAUUUAGUCGUUAAAUUGAGUUGUAACCUUGAGAUUUUGUACAAAAUUGGAAAUUUAUCAAGUUUCAGAUCCAAAUUAACAGUUAGGUUGAAUAUCAAAAAAAUGGAUUUUUUUGUAUUUUUUUGACAAUAUUUUUUUCGUGGAAUAUCAAUCAAAUUGUUCAGUUUAAUGUAGGGCAAGUUGAAAAAAAGAGUCUAAGCAUCAAAAAUUCAUCAAAAUGAAGAAAAAAACCCGGCGUUUUUUUAUAGUCAAUCCUUCCCGACUUGAAAGGCGAGAGGGUGGAGAAGUGGGCGGGACGCGUUGCGUACGCGACGCGGCUCCUUGGGGGAGAAUCGAGGUCAAACGGGAGCCAUUAUUUUUUUGUAUGUUUUUCUCCUUUUUUAAUGGAUUUUCAAUGGAUUUUUUUUUAUGGGUCGAGUUGAGUGAAUAAAAGGAUGUUGAAACAUUAAUUUAAUUUUUUUCAUUUUUUUCUCAAGAUUUUUUUGACCUCGAUUUCUCCGCCAAAAAAAGCCGCGUCGCGUACGCAACGCGUCACCUGUGGUAGUCUACUCAUCUCGUUUUUUGAGUCGGGAAAAAAUUGAAUAGAACAAAAUGAAUCAUAGAGGGGAAAGUACAGAAAUCAUCAAGUCGGGGAAGAGGAAUGGGCUUAAAGGAAUUCAGAAAAAUUAGGUAUAAAAUCAAUUUUCCACCUCACUAGGAAACUACUCGGACUCGGGUACGCGGAUCGAGUUGAAACUUUAGUGGUUUAUAGUCAAUGUUUCCCGACUUGAAAGGCGACGGAGGCGGGGCAGUGGGCGGGACGCGUAGCGUGUGCGUACGCGGUUCUUGGCACGUGUUCAAUUCAACCGCCAUCUACUCUUUGAAAAGCCCGUUUUUCGCUUUUUUCAUUCCUUUUUCAAUUAUUUAUUGAUUAUAUCCAUGUUUGCAUCAAAAAAAUAGUAGAAAAACAUUGAAAAAAGAGCGGUUGCCGAGCUUUUUUUAAAUAGUCGGCGACAAUUGAAUUGAACUUGUGCCAAGAACCGCGAACGCACACGCUACGCGUCCCGCCCCUUGCCCCGCCCCUUGCCCCGCCCCCUCGCCUUUCAAGUCGGGAAACAUUGACUAUAUAAGCCCGGGUAAGAGUACUUGAAAAUAAGAGAAAAUAUCUGCUGAACCCGAUAGAGAACUGAGAAAAAAUUAGUAGAAAAUGUGAAAUCUAGGCUUGAAAAUUUCCAAAAUACUGUUUUGUACCUUAUUUUAUAUUUUAAUACAAUCGCCUUGAAUGAUCCGGCUAUGAUAAACUCUUAAAAACUUUUUUCCAGCCGAAAGAAGGAGGAAAACAGAAAUUUGACAAUUUUCAAGCCCUUCAUUUUCAAAAAGCUUUUUCUCAGAAGCCCAUGGGGUCUAGCAGAUAAUCUCUCUUGUGUCCAAGUAUUCUUACCCGGGUCUAUAAGCCACCAAAGUUUCAACUCGAAACGCGUACCCGAUUCCGAGUAGUUCCCUAGUCAGGGAGGUUAUUUUUACCACAAUAAUACCCGUUUCUGUCUCAGAAGGUAUAGUUGAUUCACGGCUGACUUGAGCCAUUGGAAAAAGGGUCCUGACACGAUAAUACACGAGAUAGUGCUCAAGCUAGACGUGAAUCAGCUAUAGUAUCAACUGUACAUUAGGAAAACUUGGGAGGAGGCGGCUUUUAAAAAUGGUCUGCCCGUGUAUAAAGUGAACCAUUUUCUGCAGGUCAAAUUUUGAAAACAGGUUAAAAAUGGAAAAUUAAUUUCUGAAAUGUUUGGCUCCAUUUUUGAACCUCUAACAAACUAAAAAUAUCAGAGUAAAUUUGAAAAGUCAGGAAUUUUUUUAGUUCUGAGGAAAUGGAGAAAGGAAACGAUCAAAAUUUAAUAAAUUAAUUUUGAAAAAAUUGCAAAAUUUGCUCUUAUAUUUUUAAUGGAAUUGUUCGAAUCCCCUCAAUUUCUUAAGAAAAAGUUGAAUUUUCGAAAUUAUCGAUUUAAUUGUGAAUGGAUCAACGCGUUGCGGUUGCAAAACGGUCAAUUUGUGAUGGAAUUCACAUUUUUUAUUCAAGACCGCAUCGCAACCGCAACGCGUCGAGUUUUUCCAUUUCCUUUUUUUUUCAGCGAUUGAGAUCAAUAUGGCUUGCAAUUUUUUAAAAAAUAACUUUUCCAAUUUCCAGCCGGCCGCCACCGCACCGUCCGAGUCGAUUGUGGCCCAAAAUGUAAUUUUUUUUGUUUUGAGAUAAUUUUUCACUUAUUAACUGGUUAUUGAGUGUAAUUGGAAUUAUUAUCGGACGACAAAUUAUUGAUUAAUGUACCAUUUACAGAAAAUAUCCCGUGGAAAAGUCGCCCGGGCGUUUUUGAGCGUCUUGCUGAGCAAAAAUGGACAGCCGGUCCGCAUCGAUCAACUCAUCGACCUUUCCAAAAAUUACCUGAAAGGGUUCGUUUUAAAGAUUUCACCGUCUUUUGAAGAUUUUCGUAAGGUUACUAUUGAAAUUACAAGGGGGAAAGGUUGGAAAUUGGUGUAAAGUUGGUAUUUUUCGUGAUAAAAAAAGCGAGCCUCUUUUUAAUAAGCAGGGGAACGAAAAAUGACGAAUACCUUUUUAUUUUAACAAUUCCUACACCUUUAGAAAACAAUAUGCGAAUUUUUUCGACUAAUUUUCAUUAAAACUGAGCUUUUACAUUGUUGGUCAUACCCCUCGGCGCAAGCCGCUGCGAGUCGGGCGCGGCAAAACAUCCGGUCACUCUCCCUCUCUCUCAAAUUAACUCUGGUUCCUUUGCAUUUGACCGAGAAAAUCUUUCGCCUUUUACUAAAGAUUUCCGUGCAAAGGGGCAACUUUAUGAGUAUUGCCCAAUUUUUGGAAACCCCUCGAAAGAGCGGGUUAAAAUCAUCUCUAACCAAAAUGAACCGGGACCUUCCCGGUUCACCCCGCAUUAAACCUGGAUGGGGUGCACUCUUGGGGAAAUUGGUGAAAGAAAAAGUCAAAAAAAUCAUGUGCGUCAGGCCGGGAACGCACAUUUUAUUUUUUCGAAAGAAAUCUUAAACCCUUUUAAUUGUCGCCCGGGCUUCUGGCCUACAUUUAAAAAAAAAAGCCUGCGUGGGUUCGGGCCAGGCCGAGCUUCGAAAGAAAUCUUAAACUUCUUUUUGAAAAAAUUUCACGGAAAAAUUAUUUUUACUUCUUGAAUUAUAUUUUCUAGUAACUCCAUAAGAAAAACUAAACAAAAAUACCACAUUUCUCGUUAAAAAAGCGAAAAAUUUGACUUGAAAAGACUUUGAUUUUUUUGUGCCGGUCCAGCCAUUUUUGCUUAAGGCCUCCCUAGGGCCGGGCCGGGUUGAAAAGUGACCAGGGGCCGAGAGGUUGACGGGCCGGUCCUCGCACAAGCCUGGAGCUACCGUAACAACUUUAGGAUGAAACUGUAGAAAAUGGUUAUAUUGGGAAAAAAAACCCCCUUCGAAAUCGUGUAGGGAAAAAGUACCUUAAUUGGAAUUUGAAGCUAAACGGGAUACACCCCUGGUUACACUGUGGGGUGCACCGAGGGUUCGACGCAACUUCGGUUAGACUAAAGUGCUUUUUUAAUAGCUUUAGUGAAUAGAGAUUCAGAUUUUAAUAAUGGGUUACGAAACCAUCAAAAUUCCUUCAAGUGGAACUUCUCCGACUUUGAACUUUUCCUGUUGAAUUUGAAAUUGCGGACAGCCAAAAAUUGAGCUUCUCCUUUUUCUUCAGCGAGGAUAUCAACUACUUGAUGCACGUGAACGGCGGACCCAAAAUCUUCGUUGAAGAAAUUGUAGCGUAUAAAGGGUUCCUCGAGGAGUACGAAGUCCGCCGCGUCCUUGAUAAUCACAAUAUUGAGGUUUUUUCCACUUUUUUUUUGGACUUUUUUGGGAAUUUAUAAAAUCAGUUGAUAAGCUGGACUGAAAAGUCGCAUGAAAGAUUGAAAAUGCUUUCUUCUUUUUUUUCUUUUUUUAAGAUUUGGAAAAAUUUUCUAACUUUUCGCGUAGGUAAGACUAGUAUUGCGGUCUCAUUUGUCAUUUUGAAAUUUUGCAAAUCUCUAAUUUUCAGGUUUAUGAAGAAGGACAUGAAAGCCAAUCAAAGGCUUGAUUCACUUGAAAACUGAUUUGGAAAAUUUUGAAGCGUUAUGCCUGAAAUGUCACAUAGGAUCGAUGUUUUUUUUUCCAAACGAGUUCCCAAAAACUUACAGUACGUGGUCGUCGAAAAAACGGAAGUAAACCCACCCCGCUACGACGGUGAAGCUCCUCGAGAGAGAGCCCGACCCACGCCGUCAUCGGCGGAAUCCGCCGGCUCGAGCAAGGCCGGCGAUUCCGACUACGCCAGAGCCAUGAAGUUGGCCGAGGACCCCGAAGUCCGCGAAGAGCUCAUCGGUCAAGUGAGUUCCGGAUGUGGUUCUUAUAGUCUGUUCUGGUUUUGAUUGGAAAGAGUUUCCUCAAGCUCCGCCCCUGAUGAAGCGAUAAGCCAACCAGGAAACGAGCACACCAGAUAAUUUUUUUAAUGGUUUCAUGGGCUUGGCAUAAAAAAUCUGAACACCUAAAGUCUGUAUGUAAGGUUUUCCCUUAAGCUCCGCCCCUAAAUCCGCUAUGAGUCAAUCAUAAAAAGAGUUUAAUGACGUCAUUUGCUUGACAUUCAAAAAACGAACACGUAAAGUCUAUAUUUGAGGUUGUCCCUUAAGCUCCGCCCCUAACUUUGCGAUGAACCAAUUAGAAAACGAGCACAUAAGACAUUUGAAUGACGUCAUGCGCUUGAAAUUCAAUAAAAUUAACGCUUAUAAAGUGUGUAGAUUUUGAUGUGAAGUCGGUUUUAAGCUCCGCCCCUAACUUUGCGAUAAGCCAAUCAGAGUAAGAGCACUUCAGAGAUGGCAUUUAAAUGACGUCAUGCGCUUGACAUACAAAACAUGAACAUGUAAGGUUUGCCCUUUAGCUCCGCCCCUAAACCCGCGAUAAGCCAAUCAGAAAGGACUUUCAAAUGAUGUCAUCUUCUUGGCAUUCAAAAGCUGAACCGAUUAUAAAAGAUAAAAGUGUCAAAAUAUACUGGUUUUUUCCAUUUUUAUAAAUCCUUCCAAAGGCACACGGUUAGUAAAAGAGAGAUCAGAGAUGAUGUAGCAGUAAAAUCAACUAUUCUAAUAUUAAAAACGCAAUUUUGUAGUGUUUUCUGUCGAAACUAGACUAUCACUAAGUUUAUCAUGCCACGCGGCGCAAACCGCUGCGAGUCGGGUGCGGCCAAACAUGGGGUGCGUCUGCCUCGCCCCUCCAAUUAACUCUGGUUCCUUUGCAUUUGACCGAGAAAAUCUUUCGCCUUUUACUAAAGAUUUCCGUGCAAAGGGGCAACUUUAUGAGUAUUGCCCAAUUUUUGGAAACCCCUCGAAAGAGCGGGUUAAAAUACCACUUCAACAAAAAUGAGGGUGAACCCUAGAAAAGGGAACUUUUCGGUGCAACUAUGGGGCUUUUUUUUUAAAGGGUCAGAGAUAAUUUUGCAUUUCGCGGAAUUUACUUUAAACACGGCAUAAAUUUACUAGGGAACGUUUUUUACACUCCGGUUGAAUUUUUGAUGAAACUUCUUCGAAGUGUACCCUAGGACCUUCUGAUUGCAGAAGAAGAAAAAAAAAAUUCUCGUUGUCGAGUUAGGAAACUUCAAAAGCUCGAAAUAGCGCUUUUUUAUCAUAAUUUGCGGGCUUUGAAGCUUCAUAAACCGAAAAAAAGAUCUGAAAAACAUUUUCUAGUUAUUGAAAAUUAACUUGCUUACAUAUUUAAAGCUAUACUGAAUUUUCACCGGCUUGAAAGACGAGAUGGGUAGAUUGGCAGUCGUGAAGCGUUGCGUGCGCGACGCGGCUUUUUGACGAAAAUUUGAAGUCAAUAAUCGAAAAAAUUGAUAAAAUCGAGGUAUUUUAUCAUUUUCAUGCUUAUAUUCGAUUAACUUAGCUUUUUCAGAACCAUAAAAAAUUCGAAGUUAUUGGAAAAUUAUUAAGAAAGGAAUGGAAAUUUAAAAAAUUUUCGCAGCCAGAAAACCGCGUCGCGUACGCAACGCACCACCCAUUUCGCUUUUCAAGUCGAGAAAAUUCGACUACAUAUAGGAGUGAAAUUAGGCCCAAAAAAGCUCUCCUUAUAAAAUUGUCAUCAUGAAUUCUUAUUUUUCAGAUGUUGAGUAUAGUGAGGCAAGCCAAUGAGGAGAAUUGGAAACCUACACUCGAGAUCGUGAGCGAGCAAGUCAUCAUGAUGGAAAAGAUGUCUGAAAGUUUCAAGCAGUUCCUUCUGAACCUGUGUAUCAGGGAUGACCCCAAGAUGCGCAUGGCGACGAACGGACUGAGUAGUGAGUUUGACGGGGAAAAUUAUGUAUGUCACGGCUGCCAAGCGGUCGUAAAGCAUCUGCAACCGACCUGAAACGAUUUUCGCCCGAAGCCAUAUAAAUAUCAGUUUUUAAUGCUUGAUCCAAUCGCAGCGCGACAAAAUAACAGGCGACUUCGAAUAUUUCGCGUUUUUUGAUAAAAAUGUCUAGAAAAAGUCUAAAAUGUCUACAAACUUGGCACUAGUCAGGAAACUCAAACUGGAAAAUCCAGCUCAAUUCACUAUUUUCAAAUCGCAAAACUCUCAACGUGAAACGGCUGCCAAGCAUCUGCAACCGACCUGAAACGAUUUUCGCCCGAAGCCAUAUCAGUCUUUAAAGCUUGAUUCAAUCGCUUACUUACUUAGAUACUUAGAUGGUCCAUCUUCGCUUUCGACCUUUUAUUGCCUUUUAGUGCCUUUUAUUGAUCGAAGCGUGGACCACACGUUUUCCAGGAGAUCUUGUGCAAUCGGUCAUCCAGUGUUGUCGUCCUGGUUGACUGGUAUUCUUGCGAAAAAGUUCCAUCCGUGGUGUUGAACGUGUUAUAGCAUAAUUGUGGUCUGAUUAUCCUUUUUGCCUUGCCAGGGCUAAAAAAGUCCGCCCAUUCUGUUAGCAGAAGCAAGCCGAAUUGCGUGACCGGUGUACCGUUAGCCGCCAUAAAUGGCGUUGCCUCCCCCUCACCGCGUAGAGGUGGUACUUGAAGGGGUGAUUCAAUCGCAGCGCAAUAAAAAGAACAGUUGACUUCGAAUAUUUCAAUUUUUUGACAAAAAUGUCUAGAGAAUGUCUGAAAGUAGCUUUUGAAGAGAAAAUACGGCUUUUUUGUAUGCGUACUCAGUAAGGCUGCGCAACCAGGUCGGCCAAAAAAAAAAAUUCACAUUUUUUCCGACAUAGUCAAUACUUGACAGAGAGUUGAGAUGAUUUUCGUCUGACCGAGCGCAAGUCGUUUUUGGUCGGGCGCAGUCAGAAAAAUUUUAAAAACCACACCCAUAGAGUCGUUUUACGGAUGAUGAUUCAAACUUGAGAAAAAUUAAUCCAAAAAGGUUAAAGAUCAAAAAAAUUUUUUUACAUAUAUUUUUUUACUUAUUUUUUUCUGAGCCUGAUAAUAGAUAUUUGGAACUUUCUAACAAUUUUUUUCAUUUUAUACUUAAUGUUCUCUUGGUUGAAUUUUUCUAAUAAUGAAUCAGAGAACGCCAUCGUCCAUAUUGUGAAGCCCGAAAAAAAGCAGUUGGUUUUCACGGAUUUUUUUGGUUUUUUUCUGGUUCAAAAAUCUGAGCUUCCUAUUCCAAAAAAAGAUAUAUAAAUGUUCAUAUUGUUCCCCUUUUUGCUUUACUUCUUUUUCUUCAUAAAUAUUUAAUAUUUUUUUCCUUUUUUUCUGAUUUUUUACUGUAAUUUUCAAGGGGGAAAGUUAGUUCAAAAAAAGUUGUAGGAAUUAUUUUAUGAAAAAAAAAUUUUUUUUUCAAUCAGUUUUGAAACAGUAAUGAUAUAAAUGAGGCUAUUUUUUUGAAAAUUGCGAUUUUUGAUAUCUGAAAUCGACUGAGCAACUUUGGAGGGGUCCCUAUAGGGGCCUCUGCAAUUUUUUCUCCUAUAGGGGCCUCUAAAACAAUAAAUCCCUAUAGGGACCCCUCAGAAAAUCCUCAGAAUCUGUAGAAUUUCAAGAAAUUUGCAAAUUUUCAUCAAGUUCGCUCUAUCGACAAUAUAUGGGCCUCGGACAUUGGUAACGCGAAACGGACGAGCUCCGGACGUUUCUGGGCGAUUCUAGAGAUCACUUAAGAGUUCUGAGGCUACUAAAGUGGUCACUAGAAAUGCCCCGACACGUCCGAUUCGCGUCCCGUUCGCGUUACCAAGGUCUGAGGCGGAACGGCGUUUUUCGAUUUACCUUCUCAAAAAAUUGAUUUUUUUUUUACAGUCAUGCAAUCAUCUGGUUUCACUCGCUAACUUCGAUAAUUAAUAUUUGAAGAGGAAAAAUUCAUAUUUUCCAAAGAAUUAGGCUUUAUUUUCUACUGACAAGGGAAGGUAAUUUUACUUUGCUGUUGGAAACUUUCUGAAAAUUGGCCAGAACGCUCCUUGAUGUAGCAAAUGAAGAUUCUGAAGGUCUCAAGAAAACACUGAAAAUAGGCCAUUUUGAGGUUUUUUAAAACUGACUCGGCAGACGCAAAAAGUACCGUAACUCAAAAUUUUCCCACAGUAACCCAAGAUGGUAUGUACUGUAAAAGUACUUAAAAUUGGAUUACCUAUCGAUUGAUAUAUCACUUGUCUACUAAUAACUCUUCAAUACUGAGAUACGCAGGUGCCCACCUGCCUACCGUAACCCGGCUACAGUAAGAGGAAAUGGCUCAAAAAGUUGGGUUCGCAUUUCUGAUGAUGGGUUAUCACACUGGAUGAAGUUUUGUCGAAAUCAAAAAAAAUUUUUUUUAUUGUACCCGUUGCUUUUAGAAAUUUUUGAGAAUAUCGGAGAAAUAUUAAAAGCCCUUAUUUCUCGAAGACUAGGAAGUUUUGCAGGUUGAGAUUUUCAGAAUCUUCUUCUGGUGCAUCAACCAGUGUUCAAGGCAAUUUUUAGAAAAAUCCCAAUGUCAGGAAUCUGCCUGUGUCGAUUUCAAAAAUUCAGUUCCGCCCUUCUCUGAUCAAUAGUUUUUCUUUUAAAUCCCAUUUGGAAAUUACUUUUUCUCAUCAAGUCGAAUUUUCAGCCCGCGGAGAGGGACUCGAUGUCUGGGAGGGCCUGCCCCUCCCUUGGAACGACUGGCCCCAUCCGUACUUUGACUCCUUCUUGAACGGCAAACGAGAACGGAUUACGGUUAGUUAUUAG